GUGGUAAAAAACCAUAAAAGAAGAGACUUUGUUCGAACCCAUUAGAGGAAUUUGAUUUGAAUCACUAGCAAGUAGCAACUUCUAAUGAAGAAGACAAAGAUAAAUGUUGUGUUUUGACUUUUAUGCCCCUCAUUGUUCAAAAAAAAACCCUAAAUUCAAUCAAUUGGGUCAGCAAACAGAUCUAAAUCCACCACCACACUCUCCAAUUGUCUUCCAAGUAGAGAAAGAUGAUAGCUGUGAUCGGAUUGCUUCUGGGUUUUCUAGUUUCAGCAUUGUUCUUAAUCCAAGGCAAGCGAAGAAGAUCAAACGACAUUCAAGAGAAGAAGAGAUCUAGUAACGAGCCUGUAGAAGUCGUAAGACCAAAAAGUUACAGCAAGAGUGAAAUCGCAGAACAUAACAAAAGGAACGAUUGUUGGGUCAUAAUCAAAGAUAGAGUCUAUGAUGUUACUUCUUAUGUUGAAGAACAUCCUGGUGGUGACGCCAUUCUAGAUCAUGCUGGUGAUGAUUCUACUGAUGGGUUCUUCGGACCACAACACGCCACUCGUGUUUUCGACAUGAUUGAGGAUUUCUACAUCGGAGAACUUCUUAAGUAAGCCAAAAAAAGUUUGCUUUUUUAUUAUCUUCUGAUUGAAGAUUUGAGAUUGUAGAACCUUUUGUCUUGCUCUAGUGUAUCUCUUUUUCUUCCAUUGUAUUGCCAAAGUUUCCCUCCUUUUCUGUUAAUUUUUAUCGCAAAUCUCGAGUUUGUUCUGAAUCUGCAAAGAUGUGAGUGAGCUUAAAAGCUAAGCUCUGUUUCAAGUGGUCUAAGCUAAGCUCUGUUUCGAGUGUUCUAAAUCCAUCAAUUUUGAGAUAAAUCUAUUGAGUUUCU